AUGGCCGAACCUGUCGCAAUCCACACGGGCGCGACUGGAUCGAGUGGCUCUGGUCAGCGUCAAUUUAAGAAACACAAGGUCUUACCCCGACCACCUAGUCUCCGCGCCAACGACCUCGACGCCUCGCCACCAUCCAGACCUGUCUCAGAAAUAGUCAUUGACACUGAUGUUCCUGCGAUCAAUUUUGAUCCCCCUAGCCCACCGACAUUGAAGCGCCAGUCGAAAAGGAUACCGACUGGCCCAGAGUUGCCGCCCACACCUCCUGCCCACUCUCGCACCUCCUCCAGCAGCCAUUCUGCUGCACCCUCCAGUCCCACGAUUUCGGGCUCGAUGCUCCAGGACUCGCCCGACAUCGUCCCUGCCAUAUCUCCGGCAACACCGCCUGACCAACGUAGUCCUCCAACUCCUGAUGUGACCCCCCCGCAGCCAGCCAAUCGCCCAAAAGCUCUCCGCCCUGCUCCUCUCGCUCGUGGCGCUUCUGGUACCACCACCACUGACUCUCGCACAGAGUCUUUCACAACUGCCCGGGAAGAGCUGCUAUCUUCAGAGGAAGACGAUAAUCCAUCGACCGUACGACCAUCCAGGCGGACAUCUCAGGCCACGGUUCGAAAGGAAUCUGUGCCGCUGGCUGGCCAAGUUCCAGAUCCCAAAGCUCUGGACAGAGCGCUGUCUCAAUUGUCACCUUCAAAACGAUACAAGAAUUCGCCAAAGGCAAAGCGCCCGGAAGCCAACCAGGACAGCCGUCCCAGGAAUGCUUCCGGGUCCAGGGAGGUGGAAGCUAUGGAUCGGUCCGUGACUGUGAAGUUGAAACCGGCACCAGCGCCUCAAUCUCGACGUCGAGGUUACAGAAGAGACGUCAUCGAGGAUGUCGAUGACACGAUUAUACCGAGCAGUGCCAUUCAAGCCGUCCGGCAGUUGUCACUAUCGGAGAAGAAUCACCCUCAUUCACGCCCAUCCUCCUCGCCCCAUAGCCGUCGCGAUCAGCAACGCAGAGCUACGAACCCCACUGCCGUAGAAAAUGAAGCUCCUUUGAAGAAAAGGCCGUCAUCUGGGAAGCCCCCGAGGUCCGCCUCCUCGAGCGUAGUUGAUGCCUUGCUCGCUGAAGGACAGACUCAAGGGCGGAAAACUCUCCGGCAUGUACGAAAGCAGCCUGCUUUGCGAGAUCUCUCCGGGCAAUAUUCCGAACGAGCCUCCUCUUCCACCGAGUUGAACUUACUUGCUCAACCCGAUAUUCAGCCGAGGGGCAGGCCUGGACGUGGGCGAGAUCGCAUCGAGAGCUUCGUAUCAGUUAGCACUGUCAACUCGGUGGGCAGUCGAAAGGCUAGACGAGACGUGUUGAAGAAUGGAGGAAUACCCGUGAUUGUGGUACCUGAUCGGCGAUCAUCAACGAGAUCGACAAGCAGGGAGCCAUCCUUGAGGUCCACAUCAAGUCGACGAUCCAGGAGAACCCAGAGUCUCAGUUCAGCACCUAUCGAUGGGAAGGAAUCAUCGACGACAUCCCGUCGUUCUCGGCAUGGUAAAGCUUACUCUGUGUCUGAUGGAUCUGAACGAACAAUAGAUUUCCCGCCCGUGAUUCCAGCCAGGUCGUCAUCGCUCUCGGCUCCAACGAGUCGGAAUGCCUCCAGAACAUGCUCUCUAACUACCGAGAGUAUUCGGGCUCAUGAUGCAUUUCAGAAGCAACUCCAGCAAGAGCAGGCCAAGGAUCAAGUCAAGAAGUUAGCCAAGGAACAAACCCCGACAGCUUCUGCCGACCCUUCAGAACAUGCAAAGGAACAUAACACAACACAGACAGCCAACGUUAUACUCGAGGCACAGGAUGCUCCGGUAGUUGAAAAGAGCGAUUCAGAUCGCCACCAAUCCCUGGAGGUGCCCCGGGUUUCUAUUCAAACGUCGCCAGAUACCUAUAUUUUUGACGAUCCUCUAAAGCUCGGCGCAGCGUCGUCCCUUGUAGCCUCUCCUAGAUCGGAUCGUUUCGAAGAUGGUCUUUCGACGAAGAGGUUAACAGCUCGAAACACACCCUUUUCGGUCACAUCUGCCGAGACCAACUUUACAGCCCCCGAGGUCUCAGAAGCUCUAAUGGUCCACAUGUAUGCUCACCAAAAUUCCUCCGUGCUCAUGGUAAACCAUUCGGCCAAACCUUCAGAUGGGUCUGUCACUACCCAAAAAGAAGUUCCCCGUUCCGGCGGAGGAUUCGAGCCUGGCAAGUCAGUUCUUGUUGACGACAAUGAUGAGGAAGGAAUUCCUGUCACUCCACCGCAACCCCAGUUCUCACUGGAUGAUGUCGACUCACCGCUCCGGAACCCUCGAAGUCCACCGCAGCCCCCUAGCCACCCACCUGCGUUGGCUUUUAUUCCGGCUACGCCUUCUGGGGUGACCCCUGCGCCGGAUAAGACCAUUCAGAUGGGUAACUUUUUUGAGUCCAUUGCUGAAAAACCCCCCAGCGCACGGCGACCUUCAAUCGUUAGACGAGCAUUCAGCCGGCGACGGCGUAAUUUAGCAGUUGAAUACCCUCCUAAUUCUUCGAGGACGCCAAACUUUCUCAAGCGAGCUUUGUCUCUUUCUCGACGGAGGAAUUCCCGGCAUGGUGAUGACAGAAUCACCGCUCCGUAUCGAGGAAACUAUCCCUGGGAAGGCGAUGAACCGCCCGAGGAAAAUAAGCUGCAUCCCUUUUGGCGACCUCAGUGGUCAGCUGAUGAGGAUGGCUAUGAUGACGAGUAUGAUGAUGAUGAUGACGAAAGAUACCAGGAUCGCGGUAGGGAUGAAGGCUAUAUGAGAUAUCCUUUGGUCGACAACCGUCCAUCCAGACGGAGACGAAGCAUAAGCGCCCGAGUCAAACGCACACUCACGGGGCUAUCAUCUCGUGAGGACGACGACUAUGUGAUUGAUGAUGGGGAUGGGCCUUCCCGCCGCACCAUCCAGCGUACUUUGAGUGGUAAUUUACGGGUCAUGAAGCGCCGAAGCAGUCUCCAUUCGUUGAGGAGGCGCUUCAGCCAGACUGAGCGACCAUCUACAGAUUACGACGAUCGAAGAAGCUUCUGGCGUGGCUCGAGUGCCCAGAAACGGACUCGUAGUUUAAGCCGUCGACGGUUCUCCCUGGACGAGCCCAUCGAGAGAAUUUCUGGUCUGUCAAGGAGGUUCAGCGAGAAACGUCGAGAAAAGCGGACUCAAGAGCUGCGGCGCAAGAUUAGCGGGCCCAAAGACGUCCGGGGAGGCGUUGAAGAGGUGAUUCGUUCUAGGAAGCAGCCUGGUUUCCUGUAG